GGUAUAGGUGAUAAGGUGGCCGCCUUCGCGUACAGUUUCACCAUAGCCGUGGGUUGCGUGGUGAUGUCCAUGCUCAAGGGCUGGAAGCUGGCUCUGCUGUGCCUCACCACGACACCCGUUACCUUCUUACUGGUGGGCCUUACUGGCAUGAUAGGCAAUCGUCUCGGCAAAAAAGAAGCGAUGGAGACAGGGCGAGCUAGUGCAGUAGCGGAAGAAGUAUUGGGAUCGAUUCGCACUGUUUACGCAUUCAGUGGCCAGAAGAAAGAGCUCGAGCGCUACCGUCAGCCUCUCGCAGAGGCUCGCCGCAUCAACAUCAAGAAAGAGUUCUUCACUGGCCUUUCGAUGGGAUUGUUAUUUUUCUGUGUAUUCUGUUCGUACGCAUUGUCUUUCUACUUUGGCAUAUACCUAGUCAUUAACGAUCCGAAAAAUUACAAUGCUGAUGUCAUGUUUUCCGUGUUUUUCGGGAUAAUGACGGCGCUAGGAAACUUUGGAAUGGUGGGAUCUUUGAUGUCUACGUUUGGAUCAGCUCGCGGAGCGGGUGCGCAAAUAUUUCGGCUUUUGGACAAUGUUCCCACAAUUAAUCCUCUUCAACAAAGUGGGAUCACACUGGACCAGGUCGAAGGAAAUGUGGAGUUGAAUAAUGUGGUGUUCCACUAUCCAUCUCGCCCUGAAGUGCCCGUGUUGAGGGGUGUGAAUUUGAGCGUAUCUCGAGGACAAUCGGUAGCUCUGGUGGGCCACUCCGGGUGCGGGAAAUCUACCAUCAUUCAGCUCAUAUCUCGCUACUAUGACGUCAUCGACGGCAGCGUGUCUAUUGAUGGGAAUGAUGUGCGUAAGUUGUCAGUGCAGUGGUUACGAAGGCAGAUUGGCCUCGUAGGUCAGGAGCCUGUUCUGUUCAACUCCACUGUACGUGAAAAUAUCCGCUAUGGGCGGGAGAGCGCUACUGACGACGAAAUCGAAAUAGUGGCGAGGCAGGCGUAUGCGCACGCGUUUAUAAUGAACCUGCCCAAGGGUUAUGACACACUCGUUGGUGAAAGAGGUGCAUCCCUUUCUGGGGGUCAAAAACAACGAAUAGCAAUAGCGCGCGCACUGAUCCGGAAUCCGAAGAUACUCCUUCUGGAUGAAGCCACCAGCGCUCUGGAUACUUCUUCAGAAGCAAAAGUGCAGAAGGCUCUUGAUAAGGCAGCUGAAGGCAGAACAACCAUAAUAGUAGCGCACAGACUGUCAACGAUUCGAAACGCGAACGUCAUAUACGUGAUGAAGGAAGGUCAGGUGGUUGAAAAGGGAAGCCACGAAGAACUGAUGGCGAUGAAAGGUCAUUACAGCGAGAUGGUCGCUUUACAAGAGCGACACGAACUUGGCGGUACCGAAGAUACUCUUCCUGUUCGCGAAGAAUCAAUUAUUUCUGAGCAGAGUUUAGAAGAUGCAUCAAUACCAGAUUUAUUAGAAGAGGACAAAAAGGCUGAGGCACCUAAACUGUCAUUUUGGCGCGUAGUCCGCCUCAAUGCUCCGGAGUGGAAGUCCAUCACCCUCGGAAGCGUCUCCUCCAUCAUCAUCGGCUUCUCAAUGCCUUUGUUCAUUGUGGUCUUUGGAGAUCUUUUUGGAGCAAUGUCCAAUCCCGAACCUAGCCAAUUGAUGGAAAAAGUUAAUGGAGUAGCCAUUGUUUGCAUUAUUAUAGGAAUAGUAAUGGGAGUUUCAAACUUGGUUGAAUCAACCACAUUUGGGGUGGCGGGCGCGUAUCUGACAGAGAGGCUGCGCGUCCGCAUGUUUGAGCACAUGUUAAGGCAGCACGUGGCGUACUUUGACGAGAGAACCAACUCCACGGGCGCGCUGUGUGCCCGGCUCUCGGGCGAGGCGGCUUAUGUGCAGGGAGCAACUGGCCAGCGCAUCGGAGUAUGCCUUCAAGGCGUGGGCUCCAUAGGGCUGGCGGUGGUACUGGCCAUGCUGUUCGAAUGGCGGGUCGGGCUGGUGGCUCUCUCGUUCCUGCCCAUCAUCUCUGUGGUCAUCUAUUACCAGGGGAAGGCUACGGGAGAAGAGGCCAUAGGUCACGUGAAGACCCUUGAAAGCAGCACUAUGAUAGCAAUCGAGGCGGUGUCAAACGUUCGGACCGUGGCGUCCUUAGGGCGAGAGCAGCGGAUAAUUUCGGAGUACGUCGCAUUGCUGCAGCCGGCCUUAGCACCCGCGCGGCGUUCGGCGCACUGUCGCGGGCUUGUGGCCGGCCUGUCGCGGUCCAUGUUCAACUUCGUCAACGCUGCGGCGCUGACCUACGGCGGGCACCUCAUCGUGUCUGAUGGGGUUGCUUGCGAACACAUUCUUAUUACAACACAAUCGUUGCAAAUGGCGUCGGGCCAGGCGCAAAACGCGUUCACAUUCGCGCCAGACUUCCAGCGCGGGAUCGACGCCGCCUCCAGGAUCAUACAGUUCCUCAACACGGAGUCGAAGAUUGCGGAUCCUGCUGCGCCCGCUAUCACUGAUUUUAAAGCGACUGGAGAGGCUAGUUUCAAAGGAGUAGAGUUCAAAUAUCCUACCAGACCUAACGUGAGAGUACUACGAGGACUGGAUUUACAUGUGGAACGCGGGACAACUGUUGCCAUAGUGGGCAGAAGCGGCUGCGGCAAGAGCACCGUUGUGCAACUGUUGCAGCGCUUCUAUGACCCGGAUGCAGGAGUGGUUGCUUUAGAUGGAGUCUCCCUCCCGAACCUACGCGUAGACGAAGUUCGAGCGAGCCUCGGAUUAGUUUCCCAAGAGCCGGUCCUCUUCGACCGCUCCAUAGCAGAGAACAUUGCGUACGGCGACAACUCGAGAACGCCCGCGCAGCACGAAAUCGUUGACGCAGCUAAGCAGGCGAAUAUACACAGCUUCAUUGUGUCCUUGCCACAGGGCUACGACACUAACAUCGGCUCAAAAGGCACCCAGCUAUCAGGGGGACAGAAGCAAAGGGUGGCGAUCGCCAGGGCGUUGAUACGACGCCCCAAGAUACUGCUGCUCGAUGAGGCGACCAGCGCUCUAGACAGCGAGAGUGAGAAGAUCGUGCAAGAGGCACUUGACGCGGCGAGCGCCGGGCGCACGUGCGUGACGAUCGCGCAUCGGCUGAGCACGGUGCGGCGCGCGGCGCUCGUAUGCGCUUUGGCUCGCGGCCGCGUGGCCGAGAGCGGCUCGCACGCGCGCCUCAUGGCUCGCCGCGGCCUCUACUACAGCCUGCACGCUGAAGCGCAGGACCACUGAGCCACCGACCCACUGAGCUACUGACCGACCAACCGAGCUACCUAGAGAUCUAAAAUAAAACAACAUUCAUUUCAGAACUCUCGCGUUUUCAUUGUAGAGUUUAUUUUAUAACCUACCAAUUUUGGUAUGUCUCUUUGGCACUUCUAGGACAACGAGUGAUUUAAAUAUCUCUGGGGACAACGUUAUAGAAAUCUUCCCGUUGGCCACUAGGUACCUACUGCUGGACGUGAUAGCGACCCAAUGUUUUGAUAUUUGUCGAAUUAUUUGGUGUUUAAGAGCCUAAGAGGUAAUAGACGCGGCUCGCACGCGCGCCUCAUGGCUCGCCGCGGCCUCUACUACAGCGUGCACGCUGAAGCGCAGGACCACUGAGCCACCGACCCACUGAGCUACUGACCGACCAACCGAGCUACUUAGAGAUCUAAAAUAAAACAACAUUCAUUUCAGAACUCCCGCGUUUUCAUUGUGGAAUUAAUUUUAUAACCUACCAAUUUCGGUAUGUCUCUUUGGCACUUCUAGGACAACCAGUGAUUUAAAUAUCUCUGGGGACAAGGUUAUAGAAAUCUGCCCGUUGGCCACUACUGCUGGACGUGAUAGCGAGUAGCCACCCAAUGUUUUGAUAUUUGUCAAAUUAUUUGGUGUUUUUAAGAGCCUAAGAGGUAAUAGACGCGGCUCGCACGCGCGCCUCACGUUUCGACCCGCCGCGGCCUCUACUACACCCUGCACGCUGAAACGCAGGACCACUGAGCCACCGAGCUACUGAGCUACCGAAAUACUGACCAACUGAGCUACCAGCAUAAUAAAACAGCCUAUUCAUUUCAGAACUCUUGCGUAUUCAUUGUGGAGUUAAAAAGAGCUAUAAAAUUCCUAUUAAGUUCGGUCUCUAUAUUAGGACAACCAAUGAAGUAUACCUGCCUGUAUUCCCUGCCCUGGGAACAGGGCACACGCUCCCGUUGGCCCUUACUGGUCGACAUAAUAGAGACAAUGUUUUGAUAUUAGAUUUGA